CAAACGAAAUCAAAUACGUAUAGGAGAGAGGAAAGGGGGGAAGGGAAAAGAAAAGGAAGAGUUGGUGGCGGAAGUGUUGGAAAAAUUUGAAUCCAGCCGAAAUCUAACAAGCAGAUAUUCAUUUUCAGUUUCAGAAAUUUCACUCUCUCACAUGCUCGGCGUGAAUUUGGAAGCCGAAUCAUCCGCGCUGGGCAGAUGAGGAAACUCUGAUCCAGAUUCAAAUUAUACGUGAGUGAAGAAGAGGAGUGAGAAUCGAGAAUCGAGAAUCUCUCGAUCGCGAUGCCGAAUACCAGCGGGAGUGAGAGUGAUUCCGCGGCGGCGGACUCGCCGAGGUGGACGUGGGAGGAGGACAAGCAAUUCGAGGACUGCCUCGUGGAUUUCCCCGACGAUUGCGCCGAUCGAUGGGAGAAAAUCGCCGCGCGCCUCGGGACCAAAUCGGCGGCGGAGGUCGAGCGGCACUACGCUCUGCUGCUGGAGGACAUGGCGGCGAUCGAUGCAGGGGAGAUCGAGCCGCCGGCGUACGUGGACCAAUCGCCGGAGCCCCAACCGUGCCCUAAAUCUGAGAAAAAGCAAAUGGGGAGGAAAGCCGGCAGACCUUGGACCGAAGACGAGCACAGGCUGUUUCUGCUUGGACUGGAGAAUUAUGGGAAAGGGGACUGGAAGAGCAUAUCGCGAUACGUCGUUCUCACGAGGAACCCGACGCAAGUGGCAAGUCACGCUCAGAAGCACUUCGAGCGUCAGGAGAGGGAGGAUCAAAGCAAGAAGAGACGAAGCAUUUUCGACUCUUCCAUUUCUCAGGCGAAGGCGAAGACCAAGACAUGAGGAGUUGUUUUAGGACAUGAAUAUUUGUAGAUAACAUACUCUCAGUAUCCAUUCUAUCUCUUCAUUUUGUUCACAGAUUAAGUCAUUCACAUCAGUUCAUUCUCUUCUUCAAACUUUGUGAUAUUUGACAUUACCAAACUCUCAUUUUAUGCCAGAAAGCAAAACCUGCAUAUUUUGCAGUUUCAACACCA